AAUGUCCAAAAUCCUUUUGAAAAAAAACAAGCAGCGUGUUUUAUUUUAUUUGACAUAAAUAAAUUAAUUAAAUACCUUAGCAAUAUGGCUAGCAAACCGAAACGUCAACGAAUUAUUGACACCGAAUCAGCCGAGCAGGCUGAUGUUGACAUUAAAAAGAAGUCAAGCAAAAAAAAAACAAAUAAGCCUACCGAAAAUAUGGGAGAACAGUCGAUUUCGGAAGAUUGGGAUGUGGACGACUACAGGACAGAAUAUGAGAGUGACGAGCAUUGGGAGCUGAGACGCAGCUUCAUGGAGGCUUACAAGAAUCGCUUUGACGAGCAGCAGCUGGUGUGCCUGGCUCAGACAUUUGUAAACAUGGAAUUCCUUGGUUGCAAAUAUCCUAGUGAAACGAUGCACCUGGUCGCCGAACUCUCCAAAGACAUUGCCGAAGAUUUUCGCCGCAGACGUGAGCAACGUCUGAAGCGCACGUUUGUCUCUGCAUCGGAUGCGGCCGAGCAGCGUGCCAAAGGCCGCAAAAAUCCAAGCAGCAAUCGCGAUACUACAAUCACUGCGGAUCAGUCACUGGCGACAAUUAACCGUAAACUAUCUAGUUUUGGAUUGGGUGAGCCAAUCAAUCUUUUCCAAGACCUUCGAUUUGGGAAACUUAUCAUUCAAUUGGCUGGCGGACGAAAUUGUCUACGGAACUCUUGCAGUUUGAUCAAAGCAAAAUACGAUGAACGUGUGGCUAAUCCCGAUCUCAAACCCAAUAAGGACGAUGGAUCCAGAUAUUAUGGACAAGAGAUAUUAAUCAACGACGAAGUGGUAGCCACUGGCUGGGGGGAUUCUCUAAAGACAUGCAAACUGGAAGCAUUUAAACAAGCAUUAAUCGUUCUUCAGUCCCAAUGCUAUAGCUAUAAGAUUAAUUCGUCAAGAGACACCAUUAAAGUGGAGAAAGAUGGGAACGGAGUGAAGAUCAAUGUUACCCAGAAAUCGGCCGAUAAUCUGGGUUCAUCAAAAUUGGAUGAGAGCAAUAAAGGUUAUAACAUAAUGCGCCUGAUGGGUUGGACGGGUGGUGGCUUGGGUCGUCUUAAGCAAGGACGGGAAGAGCCAGUAGGUUACCUAUUGAAAAGUAAUCGCACUGGCUUCGGUUCAAAUAAUACGGAUGCAUCAGCUGAUAGUUUUCGUAAACUUAUAGAGAACUAUGCCCAAUCUUCUGAUAUACGAGAUUUGCAAUUUGAACCGACUUUUUCCAAAGAUGAGCGGGCCAUUCUACACAAAGCUGCUGGGAGAUUUAGCCUACGCUCGAGUAGUUAUGGCACAGGGGAAGAUCGAAGAUUGUUAAUAUCCAAGAAAAUACCACCGGAAACCAUACUCAAAGAAGUUCUUAUACACCGUAAUCCCAAAUUCUGCGAACGCUAUUUUGUCCAGGUGCCCACUCAGAAGGCUCAUCUCUUUCCUGGUCAUGCAGUUGACUUGGCCUUGGAGGAUCUGUCUGCCUGAUUUGUGGACUUGAGCUUAUUGUAUUAAUUGUAAUAAUUUUCUGACUCUUUUUCUUUAAAUGAAAAUAAAUACGUUUAAGUAUUUCGAAUACAUA